CAAAACGCUCGAAAUUCCUCGCGCCCGCGGUUUCCUCGUCGGAGGAAGAUAUAGAAAUUAGUAAUUUGUGCUUUGGUUUUGCUUCUGAACUAUCCGCCACCGUCACGAGUCACAAUGUCCGGGUUUAGUUUCGGUACUCCCACCACAUCAGCACCAGCGUUUUCGUUCGGAACACCCGCGGCUGCAACAAACACCGUACCAGGCGCGGCAGCACCGGCCGCAACUGCGACGGCAUUUUCGUUUGGAUCACCAGCUACCGCCACAACGACCACGGCCACAGCGGCGGCAGGUUUUAGUUUCGGCAAACCAACCACAACAACCACCACAACGGCGGCACCGCUAUCGUUCGGCCUUGGUGCAACGGCAUCAACCGCGAGUCCAUUCGGUACACUGAAUGUUCCCGCCAGUACGACAGCCACGGCCACAACGACAUCUACGUUUGCGGUGCCUACGUUCGGUGCCACAGCGACCGGUGCAGGUGGUCUUGGGAGCACCACCGGGGGAGGACUUUUCGGAGCGGCCAAAACGACGUCCUCUGGGACGACCGCACUAGCACCGGCUACAACCACCGCCACGACGGUCGGUUUGGGUGGAGUGGACAUCAAUGCUAACUUGCCGAAAUCGGUCGAGGGGAAAAACGAUAGCACCAAAGCGAAGGAAUCGCAGGUACCGCAAGAGAUUAUCAACACCGUGGAGCAUCUGAAGGAGUACAUCAAGCGCCAGAAGACCUUCAGCUCGGACAUUGCGCGCUCUUCCGCCCGAAAGAUGUCGAAUGUUUCGAACGAAAUCAAGAGCCUCAACUGUACACUGGCCGAGCUGUCGAACAGUGUCAGCAACAAUCAGAAUGCCAUAAAAAUGCUGCGACACGAAACAUCCGGCAUCACACACCAGGCGGACAUGGCACAGCGCACGCAGGAGACACCGGCGGGGUUGCAGUUCGAAAACACUCUUCCCCAGCAGUAUUUCAUCGAGCUGAUUCAGAAGUACGAGUCGGAUUUGAUCAACCUAAAGCAGCAGGUCGAGCUGACGGAGAAGCAUAUGAAUUCGCUGACCACACCACAGUGCUUUACGCCGCAGGAUCUGAAGCGGUGCCUCAAGCAGAUCUACGAAAGUUUUGUCGCACUAGCCGGAAGGCUGCAUGAGCUACAUCAGAAGGUCGAAACGCAAAAGGAACAAUAUCUAAACCUCCGGCGGUACCUGCUGCGCGACAAUACGGACGUGUUCGAGUCCCACGAAGGGCUAAAAGACGGCAGCAAAGAGACGGACAAAUUUGCCCUAAAUAUCUCCUCCGGCCCAACGCCUUUCUCGUCGGUAAUGGGCAACGUUAGCUUCGGUGUUUCGCUUCGGCAGUCGGCGACGGGAACGGGGACCCUCUGGGGUUCCGGAGCGGGUGCAGGCGGAGGAUCAACGGAACAGCAUAAAAAUACCUUCGGGCAGACGAAUUUUUUUGGCAUGAACCCAGGCACCAGCGGGACGAUGGGUAGCGAUAGUCUUGGAUUCGGCAAUCGUCUAGGAUUUGGUUUCGGUUCAAUGUCUGCGACCGGAGGUGAUGCUUUUAAUUUACAGAAACCCCCCUUGGGAAGCAAACGAAAUAAACAUUAAUGCCGGGAAAACCCGCCGCGAUCAUAUAAUUAAUUUUUUUUUUCUGAAUACGAUAGGAAUCAUUUAAAUAUAUUUUGUAACGAAAGUGACAAAUUGCUGUAAGUUGCAAA